GUGGCAGCAGCAGCGUUCCACGCGGAUCUACUCAUCUACAAUGCCGGCACCGACAUUCUCGCCAACGACCCUCUCGGUAGACUUGCCGUGACAGCGGAGGGGGUGCAGAGGCGGGACGAGAUGGUGUUCCAGUUCGCCACCAACCACUCCAUACCCAUCCUCAUGCUCACCUCUGGGGGCUACCAGCCCAAUAACGCACGCAUUGUUGCCGACUCACUCAUGAACCUAUCAGCCAAGCAGCUGCUACCACUUCAAGCCCCACCUGCUUCCUCGUGA